UUGUUUAACUUAUUUAUUUUGGCUUCUAAUUCAACUGUCAUGUGGGAUUUACUGAAAGAUUUUAUCGCGCGGGUGGGUAAGCAUGUCCUACUGCAUUCACUUGCAGUUCGAUUUGUGCAACAUGUUGAUAAUGUUGCUGCUGGUGCAGCUGACUACUAAUGGCACUCAACUGGGUCUGUUCUUGGAUCGCGUUGGGCGCGCCAAUCAGCUGCAAUGCCUCUGCCUCGUGCAUAGCUCGUAUGGAACACAGCCAGAAUUUUUGAAUACACUGCAACUUGAUCUGCACUUGGAAAAUAACUAUUUUAAUGCGCUGCCCCAAAUCAUCUCAACGGAGCUUUCGAACUGGAAAUUCAACAGUCUGAUAGAUCAUCAAACGGUGUUUGUGAUCCUUGCCGCAAAUACAACAGAUCCGAUUAUUGAUAUGCAUGCGGAGCGUGCGCGUGAUCGUCGUUUUUGCAAGACUUUAUUUCUGCUGCGCAAGGAUGAGGGAGCAAGAGCUUUAAGAACGUUGUUUGAAUACCUAUGGCUUAAAGGCUUUCGCUCUGCGUUGGUUAUGGUGGGCAGGCAACGUCUCUACUACAUGGAUCCCUACCCCACUCUACGUGUGCUACAAGUGAGCUUGACAGAGGACGAGCGCACAAUCUUUCCAUCAGCUGAACGUUCCGAUUUUAUGGGAUACGUACUGCGCGUACCUGUUCAGGUAGAUGUUCCAGCGACCUUUUGGUAUGCACGCAAUGAUACUGCAUCACGUGAGCUACAGUUAGAUGGCGCUGGUGGUACCUUGAUACGUGAAUUGAUGCAACAUCUGAACGUGUGCCUGGAGAUCUAUCCUCUGAUCAUCAACGGUUCUAAUAAUAUAAACAUGUCCACUCUUGUUUACCUCGUGGCAGAGCAUCACAUCGAACUCAGUCCGCAUCAGUUUACGACACUGCAUCGAUCCAUGAAGGUGGACUACUCUUAUCCGUAUUCCGUGGUACCACGCUGCUUCAUGCUGCCACUCAAUGCACCCUUUCCACGCAGCCUCUACGUGAUAAAGCCCUUUCAGCCGAUUGUAUGGCUGAGUCUUCUUCUGUUGGUGCCCUUGAAGGUUCUGCUGGGAUAUUUGGUACGACGUUGUGCUUGGUAUUCCAACUUGAAUUUGUGGUCGCUGCUUGGUGUGCCUGGCUGCCUAAAGGGUAGCAAUGCGUCCAUUUACUGGCCAUUCCGGCUGCUCAUCUGCGUCACCUUGGUCUUCAGUGCCUUCAUCAUUGUGCAGCUUUAUGUGACCAAGUUGACGUCAAUCUUGACUGUCUUACUUACUGCGCAUCCACGGAUUACGUUCUCGGAAUUCUUGCAGCUGCCCUAUCCCAUUGUGGUGCUGCCCAGUGAUGUGGACUCAAUUAUCGCAUCUUUUGGCAAUAAUUCGAAGCUGUGGCACAAUUUUUAUUAUAUGAAUGAAAUUGAUUUUUAUAACACACGCGUGGAGAUGAGCGAUGGCUUUAUUUAUCCUAUUAGUACGCUUCGCUGGAAAUUCUUGAGCCUGCAGCAAAGAUACUUAAAGCAAAAGCGGUUCUGGCUCUCCCAGUUCUGCUAUGGCACCUUCCCUAGUCAGUUUCAGCUUCGAAUCGGAUCUCAUUUCAUGGAGCCACUGCAUCACUUCGAGCUCCACGUUCAGGAGGCUGGCUUGCAAGACAAAUGGCGCACCCUCUACUAUACCCGUGCCAAGCAGUUGGGUUAUGUGCGCGACUUUGCCAGCAUUGAGCAUUAUGAGCGUUUUCAGAAUGUUCGUCCAUUGUCACUCAUUAUGAUUUCGUCGAUCUUUUAUCUAUAUGUAUUUUGGAUAUAUCUUUCAUUUCUUAACACAUUUGAUACCGACGAAAAUUCAACCAAUUUGAUUACACUUAUCCAUAUACAUAUAUAUAUAUAUAUAUGUAUAUUUGUAUAUGUAUUUGAUGGCCUAUUCACAAAUCCUGCUAAUCCACCAACAUAUACAAAAUAAUAUACUCAACGGCAAACGACGAAUAUU